AUGCCAAAGGCCAACAAACAUGCUGAGGUGAAACCCUCCAAGUACAAGACAAGCUUGUGCCGCUUCUUCUUCAGAGGCGAGGAGUGCCCGUACGCCGGCCGCUGCGCCUUUGCACACGGUGAACACGAGCUGCAAACCGAGUCGAAGAACGUGGAGCUGCUCAAGGCUACGGGGCUACAGCGCCUCGAUGGCCUACACACGCAGGAGAUUGCCGUAGUCGAGUCCCACACGCCGUCUAUUAACUCUGUCACCAACAGCGGCCCAUCCGAGUCGCUGGUGCUCUCUGAGCCAGAGACUCCGACAUCUCCCGUGGUACGCCUGCGGCGUCGCACCGUUAUGGUGUCGCUGCCGAAGAACAACACGCGCAGCGAGAUGUACCAGUCUCCGUACAACGCAACGCAGUAUGAUCCUUGCUACGGCGAGUACAGCCGCGUCGAGUACGGCUACCUGACGCAGCCGGCACCGCAGCCGGUGUACCACGUGCAAACCAUCGAGUCGUCGCACGCCGGCCUUUACGCUUCGAGCAACACACACGACAACCAGUACUGCGCCUGCCGUUUCUCAGCUACGUGCAGCCAGGGCCAGCCAUCCAAGUACCGGCACAACCCUUACGGCAUGACGGGCCGCAUUGCGCAGUGCGCGUAA